UUCUCCCCGCCCAAGCAUGGCUCGGCCACUGAACAUGGACAGCUUGCAGCAGAACUUCUGGAAGGAAGAAUACCUCAAGGAAAUCAUGCUGCGCUUCGGCUGGCACCAGAAGUACGGGGCCCUGGUCAAGGCCAAGCAGGAGCGCCAACGCGAGCGGCGCAAGAAGGCGGUGGACACCACCCUCAAGCUCCCCUCGGUGAAGGCCCCGCGCCCCGAGAGACCCAAGAGCCCUCCCCGUCCUGCCGAGCCCCCAAAGGUGCGUGACCUGAUGGGGGUGGACGAAAUGGUUCUGAAGAACGAGAUGAAGCCGGCUCCCCGGGAGGUGCGGGCCCUGCUGUACCAGGGCAUCUCUCACGAGGACGAGGGGCGCUACCACUACCUGCACACCCGCGCCCUCCUCCGGCCGGAGGACAAGUACACCUUUCCCAUCACCACCAACUUCUGCUAUGGCUGGCAGAUGGGGAACAUGGCCUCCUCCUAUGUGGCCCCCGAACCCAAGUGCCGCAUCGAGAGCUUCUUCCGCAAGAAUGGUGCCUUCUCCCUGCUGGACCCCCGGGACGUGGCCCUCUGAGCAAGGCGUUGCUCUUGUGUCUGCGUCCGUAAACAAGAUCU